GAGAAGCGUGGAAGGGGAAGGACAGGACAGGCUCAGACUCUGGCAGACAAUGUUUGGAGGUUGUCCAUCGUAUACUGAGGCUUAGUCACAGUGGAAGCUACACAUCUCCUGUGUGUUUGUGUGGGUGUGUGUGUGUUAUCGAUCGGUUGAAAUCGGUUGGGGUGGAUUGACGCCUGUCUCAAAGAACAGUUGAAAGUGUGGAUUACACUUUUCACUAUCUGGACCUUUCCGGUGCAUCCAAGUCAAGUCCCAAGGACGGAGCUCUAGCAAGCUGGUCUUAGGGGGUCCAGGGGAGGAGGGUCCUAACGGGGGGACCAACAUGGCUGGGGUGACCAGGAAGGGGUCUGGGAGACCCUCGUACUACUACCGUUUCCUGGGCAAGUCCCGCCUGCAGCGUCAACGAAGCCGAUCCCGGAGCCGCACCAGGCCGGCCGCCAACAAGGAGUCCCCCCCGGAGAGGACGGGGCGCAGACGGAGCAUGCCUGGCAGCCCCCUGGACAAGACCCCCGGCGCCAUGGAGACCACGUCCGCCGGCACCACCACGCCGUUCAGAGUCACCAUCUCAUCUGAUGACGAGGCUGAAGGAGUCUCGGUCCCACGAGUCUUUGCUCUGCCCCAGCGGGGGCGUGGAGGCGUUGGACCUCAGCAUGGAGGAGCAGGUGGUCAUCAAGCCCGUGCACAGCAGCAUCCUCGGCCAGGACUACUGCUUCGAGGUCACCACAUCGACGGGAAGCAAGUGCUUCUCAUGCCGGUCGUCCGCAGAGAGAGACAAAUGGAUGGAGAACCUGAGGAGAGCGGUGCACCCCAACAAGGACAACAGCCGCCGGGUGGAGAACCUGCUGCGCCUGUGGAUCAUCGAGGCCAAGGACCUACCGGCCAAGAAGAAGUACUUCUGCGAGCUGUUCCUGGACGACGCCCUGUACGCCCGCACCACCUGCAAGCUGAAGACGGACAACGUGUUCUGGGGCGAGCACUUUGAGUUCAACAACCUGCCGGCGGUGCGCAGCGUCACGGCGCACCUCUACAAGGACACGGAGAAGAAGAAGAAGAAGGACAAGAACAACUAUGUGGGCCUGGUGGUCAUCCCCACCGCCGCCGUCACCGGCCGCCAGUUCGUGGAGAAGUGGUACCCGGUGAGCGUGCCCAACCCGGCCAAGGGCAAGGGCGCCUCGGGGCCCAUGAUCCGCAUCAAGGCGCGCUACCAGAGCAUGAACAUCCUGCCCAUGGAGAUGUACAAGGAGUUUGCCGAGUACACCACCAACAACUACAUGCUGCUGUGCUCGGUGCUGGAGCCCGGCAUCAGCGUGAAGAACAAGGAGGAGAUGGCCUGUGCGCUGGUGCACAUCCUGCAGAGCACGGGGAAGGCCAAGGACUUCCUGACGGACCUGAUGAUGUCGGAGGUGGACCGCUGCGGGGAGAACGAGCACCUGAUCUUCAGGGAGAACACGCUGGCCACCAAGGCCAUCGAGGAGUACCUGAAGCUGGUGGGACAGAAGUACCUGCAGGACGCCCUGGGCGAGUUCAUCAAGGCCCUGUACGAGUCAGAUGAGAACUGUGAGGUGGACGCCUCUAAGUGUUCGUCCAGUGACCUGCCGGAGCACCAGAGCAACCUGAAGAUGUGCUGCGAGCUGGCCUUCUGCAAGAUCAUCAACUCCUACUGCGUCUUCCCCCGGGAGCUGAAGGAGGUGUUUGCGUCGUGGCGACAGGAGUGCAGUAACCGGGGGCGACCCGACAUCAGCGAGCGUCUGAUCAGCGCCUCGCUGUUCCUGCGCUUCCUGUGUCCUGCCGUCAUGUCCCCGUCGCUGUUCGACCUGAUGCAGGAGUACCCCGACGACCGCACCGCACGCACACUAACACUCAUCGCCAAAGUCACGCAGAACCUGGCCAACUUCACCAAGUUCGGCAGCAAGGAGGAGUAUAUGUCCUUCAUGAACCAGUUCCUGGAGCACGAGUGGACCAACAUGCAACGCUUCCUGCUGGAGAUCUCCAACCCGGAGACCAUCUCUACCACGGCGGGCUUCGAGGGCUACAUCGACCUGGGCCGCGAGUUGUCCACGCUGCACUCGCUGCUCUCCGAGGUGGUGGCCCAGACAGACCAGACCGCGGCCGCCAAGCUGGGCCCCCUGCCGCGGAUCCUGCGGGAGGUGAGCGCGGCGGUGGCCAACCCGUCCUGCGUCAUGACCGGCUCCGGCCCGGCCUCGGACCACGCCUCCUCCACCGCCGCCAACGCCUCGUCCUCCUGCUCCUCGCCAUCGCCCCCCGGCGCCGGCUGCAGCAUCUCCACCGGCCUGCAGAAGAUGGUCAUCGACAACGACCUCUCAGGGCUGGUGGACUUCACGCGGCUGCCCUCGCCCACGCCCGAGAACAAGGACCUGUUCUUCGUGACCCGGAGCUCGGGGGCGCAGCCCGCCCCGGCCCGCAGCUCCAGCUACUCCGAGUCCAACGAGCCAGAGCCGGGCCUGGCCAACGGCAGCAAGAGCCUCUCCAUGCUGGACCUUCAGGACCCCCGCAGCAUGGACCUGGCCCAGGGCGGCCCCUCCCCGUCGGACCUCAGCCCGGGCCCCUGUCUGGUGGAGGGCCCCCCGCCGGCCUCCUCCGUGGCCGUGUGGUCGGCCCGCGCCCCGCCGGGCGGAGGUGGCGGCGGCGGCGGCGGCGGCGGGGCCGCCCCCCCGGGGGUCCCCGCCCUCCUCAGGAGGCCCGGGCAGACGGCGCCCGCCGCCUCGGGGUCGGACGGCCCCCCGGGGAGGCCGCUGCCGCAGCACCUGCUGGCGCCGCUCUCCUUCCAGAACCCCGUGUACCAGAUGGCGGCCGGCCUGGUCGUCUCGCCGCGCGGCCUCGGCGCCGACUCCGGCUCCGAGUGCCACAGCUCCGUCAGUUCCCAUAGCAACAACGAGGACGGGGGGAAGCUGAACUAUCUGAACCACAGCGGAGGAGGAGGGGGAGGAGGAGGGGGAAGCAGCGGGGACGAGUACAUCCGGCGGUCGGGGGAUAUCACGCGGCGGCAGCUCUCCCUGACGGACCCCCAGCCGCCCCCCGGCGUCCCGCGGCAGAACAGCGGCGGUCCGCAGCGCCGGAUAGACCAGCCGCCGCCGCCGCAGCCCCAGGGCGUGACGCGCGGCCGCACGCCGCCCAACCUGCUGAGCGGCGGGCCCUACCCCCGGCCCGCCUCCGGCAGCGUGAUGUCGUCCGCCUCGCCCGAUUGGCCGGGCUGCGGUGUGCGGCUCCAGCACCAGACGUCCAAGGGGGAGAGUCCGGAGAGCAAGCACCGGGUGGGGCAUAAGCAGGCCCCCUCCCUGGUGAAGCCCAGUGCGCUGGACCGCACGGCCGCCUGGCUGUUGAAUAUGAAUGUGCAGUAUUUAGACCAUGAGGGUCCGGAGCCGGAGCCCCCCAGACACAGAGAGGACCUGUCUCAGGUGGAGAAGUACCAGCAGGAGAUCGCGGUGCUCCAGGAGCGUCUGCGGGCGUCGGUGCAGAAGCUGGAGGAGUACGAGGCGCGUCUGAAGGGGCAGGACGAGCAGGCCCAGAAGGUGCUGAUGGAGUACCAGGCCCGGCUGGAGGAGUCGGAGGAGCGGCUGCGGAGGCAGGAGGACGACAAGGACCUCCAGAUGAAGGGCAUCAUCAGCCGGUUAAUGUCUGUGGAGGAGGAGCUGAAGAAGGACCACUCAGACAUGCAGGCGGUCGUGGACUCCAAGCAGAAGAUCAUCGAUGCCCAGGAGAAGCGCAUCGCCUCGCUGGACGCGGCCAACACCCGGCUGAUGAGCGCGCUCACGCAGCUCAAGGAGCGCUACAGCAUGCAGACGCGCAACGGCAUCUCGCCCACCAACCCCACCAAGCUACAGAUCACCGAAAACGGGGAGUUCAGGAACAGCAGCAACUGCUAGAGGGGGGCGCCAUGACGGAGAGGAUUGGGGGGUGUGCAUGUGUCAUGGGGGGGGGGGGGAUGCGUAUGUGCAUGGGUGGACGCAUGUGUGGUUUGGCGAGACCGUGGUGGUGAGAGUGGUGGGCGCAGAGAAGAGAACAGGGAUAAGAGUGUUGGUGUGAAACGCACUUUGACGUGAAGGUGGAGACUUAGAGGAUGGAGGACUUAGAUUCUUUGCUCUUUAAGUACGGGUGGAUGACAUACUGAGACACACACAAACACACACACACACACGGAUGACUAGGACAGCAGAAACCAAUGAUGGACAACCUGAAUCACCAGAGGGCCUUCACAGACGGGGAGCGGGUCAGAGGAGGCGGGGGUAAUUCUUGCAACACAACCAAUAAUAACUUUGAACAAAGUCUUCAUCAUCCGUACAGCCAGUCGAGGUGGCACUUCGGGGAUGUUCAAAGACACCGGGGGACAUUCCAGGACCUUUUGCCCGAACCCUGGGACAUAAAGAACCAAAACAAAACAACCCCGCUAUAUAAUCAUGCACCGUUACCGUCGGCGACAGUUGCCCUAGCAACCGCCCAGCCCCUCCUCCUCCUCUCUCUUCUCUCCUCCUCCUUUUAUGACAGAGAAUAAAAAACACACAAACACACAAAAAAAGAAUGAUAUAGCACUAUUGUUGUCCUGACAGGAUUAUUUUACAAUGCUUUAUUUCCGCGUCCGUGUCAUGCUUUUUAUUUAAAAGGAAAAAGAAAGAACAUCCAAAUAUGGGCUGGAAAGAUAUUUUUAAGAGACGAGACACUUGUUACGAACCUUUUCCAGUGACGGGGUGUGUUCCAAGGGGCCCUGCAGACUCCUCGCUCCCUCCCCUUAAGUAAUGCACUUUGUGAAAGCUAGUGGUACAUUGGAACGCCUUAAGUAAAGAACACACCUUCUCUUCUCCCCUCCUUAUCUCUUUACACCCUAGAUCUCCCAACCCUCCGCCCCGGCAGAAAAGGCACAAGUUAAACUGUGGAUUUGUAGAAGAUCCCCUUAAGUUGUACAAAACCACAUCGCCCGGUGUAUUCUGAGACGCUUGCGUAAAAAGGACUCUACCGAUAUACUCCUAUCAAUGAAGUUUAAUAUGGAUGUAUGCAUUACUUGGGUUGGUUGCUGCAGAGUCUAGACUAUAUUUGAUAAUGUUAAAUAUUGAAUGAGGGUCUUGAUUUACAGGCCGUGUUCAAGCUGAGAGAGUUUCAUCGUGGUCUGACUUAAUGGUUGGGUUCGGUUUGCUUCAGGCCCCCAGGGAGACACUGCAGCGCAGUGUACACCACCUUUAUCAAAUUCAUAUUUCCAUAAAAAAAUACUUUUUGUUAAACAACGUAGCGCUUUUCUAGUUUUUGUUGAUUCAUUAUUUUAAAAACACCAUCCAAACAGCUGUCCUGCCUUUAAGUCUACUUUAAUAUUUAAACAUCUUAAUACAUCUUAUUACAUCUUAUUAAUAUCUUAAAGCAGGGGUAGGCAACUUUGGAGAAACCAGACAGAGUAAGCUUGGUUUUGAAAGUAUCAAACUGAAAAACUCCCCUUAUCCUCCCUCCAAUCCCCCAAAACACAUGACUAGCAUUCUGGCUUUAGCCAUAGGUCUGCCUAACCUUGUGGAAGACUCCGGUCAUUCGCAGUGAGUGCACGAGCAGAGUGUGUGCAGUUAGAAGGGUAUGUAAAAAGACAGGUAAGCCAUCAAUUCAUUUCAUUCGGAAUUAAAUGAUUGGACAGGUUUACAGGCCUGCAAUAGCCACAAAUACUGGAUUUAUUUUUUGUAUUCAAUACAUCGAAUCCUACACGUUUCGACAAAUAUGACAACGUUUUUAGUGUAUAUUGCCUACCCUAGCUUUAUUACGUCCCGAAUUAAUGUAAUCUAAUUAAGAAAUAUCUUAUUUAAUCACCUGUUGCACACCACUGCUCUUGUUGUCAGACAGAUCACUUUACAGUUAAAACAUGUUAUGUUUUAAUAUGAGUUUGAGAUGUUGUCCAUAUUAUAUGCUGUAUGUCAAUGAUCUGUCUUUAUAGCAUUAUAGGAUGUCAGCCAUGUUUGUAGUCUCUUCACUCCGAUAGCACAGGAAGCUACAGGGAGGGAGGAAUUUUUCGACACAUCUCUUUGAGACACAUACACUUCGAUACACUGGACUAGCUCAUGAAGGUGAUUCAUUUUGUCAGUUAUAAUGAGGUAUGCUGCGUCAAAAACUGUGACUCUGAUCAAGCUAGCUGUUGACAACUUCCUGUGGUUCAUUCUGCUCUUGCUCUCUCUCUCUCUCGCUUGCUCUUUUCUCUCUUCUGAAUGUGAAGGUGUGAACUCACAGCUGGUCUUAACGAAGGCGUUGAAUCCCCUGUAAAUGUCCCCUUUCUCUUGCAAUCCGACUUCCAUAGCGCCAUGCCAUGUUAGCGUCUAUAUAUUGCAUAUUUUUCUAUGUGUUCUUUUGUACCGUUCAAGUAAACCAAACUCGUAAACGAUAUGACGAGUGGGAUGAGUUAGUACCGCAGUGUCAUAAUGUGGACUUUAUUGACUUAACACAGAAAGGCGGUGUUGACGAUGAUGAGAAGAGAUGGCAGACUGCAGACCCUUACAGUGAAUAUAUGAUCAUUAAAAGUGUAUUAAAAAGGCUGGACAAGGCCUAAGGAAAGUGUAAAUAAAAUGUUCACAAUAUUUUUUACCUAAUGUUAAAGAGAGAUUUUUUUUUAAAUUGUUCCUUGUGUGCGAAACUCUGCUGUAUCAGUAUGACAAGGAUAUUGUAAAUAUUAAAUAGCUCAUAGUUAGUUUUCAACAGUUUCCACUAUUAACUAACUCUCCUUGCAAUCGUUAUUCAUCCUGUUUCUAUGAAAUUGUAAAGAGUAAUAUCAUUAGCAAAAAAAUAUAUAUUGGAGUACUGUUGACCUUUGACCUAUGCCCUAAUGGCCAUCCGUCUAUUGGCAAUGUUCAGGCCAGUCAAUAUUCAAAUCAAUCAAGUGUGAAGCACAAUCCUGUUUUUCACCUCGAUAGUUCUCUGUCAUGUCAGAUAGUCUAUAAUGGCGUCCUUCAUUUCAAACACACAUCAUAGGAGUAGGCAAAUGUGCUAGGCUAAUUUUAUAUCUUGAGAUUUAAGAUAUUAUGAAGUCAAUACAGACGUUAUCAGAUGAAUAUGCACAGCAUUGUUGUUGAGCUAUGGUUUUGACUCAUUGCUUUUCCUUGUUCUGCUAACUAGCCAUCGAUGUGAACUGUACAGUCAUGAAAAAGCUAGCUAACUUAUACCGCGCUUGCCACUCGUGAUAUGUGGCACAAAGAGAUAAAAAAAAAUACAAGUGUAAUAACAGUUGUGAAUAUGUUUGGCUUUAUAUUUUAUUUUCUAAGAGUUUCAUUUUUUGGUUUGUUUAGCCCAUGGUCCCGACUCACUGUUUAUUGAGUUCAUAAAACAGAGCAGUAUCAGAUAUAUAGUGCAUCCUAUUCAAAGAACAGAUUCAUAAGAAUAUAAAAAAAAAUCUAUAUAUAAAUCUAUAUAAAUGGAAAAAAAGGUGUUGUAUGUUUUCUAAUAAACUUGUAGAAAAUACUUUUUUAAGUAUAGGUUAAGUAUCUACUGGACACCGCUUCCUUCGACGACAGUGACAAAACAAUAAUGUACAGAGAACUUGUGUUGAUGGGAAAAAAAAAUGUGGCUGUGCAAUUUAUGUACAUUUGCAACUAGACCUAUUAAAGUUUUAUUUAGCUAUUUUAAAA